AUGGAGUACAAAAAGGAAAUCAAAAUAGAUAAAAUUGGGCUGCGUAUUCAGGCUCAGCCCAUCAAGUUAGGCUGCGCCCAAAUAAAAUCUGGUAAGCCUUUCUUCCGUUCGUGCAGCACACCGACCGAACGACCGUCUUUUGGCCAGAACCACAAUUCGAGGAGCAGCCAUCCGAAUCCACAUCCCAGCCGCCCGGAGGAAAAAUUCCACAGCAAAACCCGAGCAGCACUCGCCGCCUCCGAAACUGACAGCAUGUGGCGGCCAGUGGCCACCGCAUCCUCUCGUUUUUACCAAGUACAGCAACUGAACUUUUGGAACGGCAAAAUCAAGAAAAAUGGCAACAUCACAGUCGAGCCAAACUCUCCAAUUCCGAAUAGCGAACAACUGGGAUGGACCGGUUGUGAUUUUUUGGCGGGCCGCAUGUUUCAUUAUGCAGCUGUUGGGCUUGGGCCUAGG